ACAGCGCGGCAUUAAAGCACCUGAGAAACACGCUCUCGCACGCGCACAACCGCUGCCAUACUGACUAGGGAAAGGUGCAGACUUGCAGCGCUGGAAUAGUUACGCAUGGGCUAUUUUCUGGAGUCAACACACUGGACAUAUUUUGGACAUAUCUGGACAUAUUUAAAGCUGAUAUUUUAAACUGAAGUGGAGAUUUUGUGGGUUUUUUUUCUCCUUUCUUUCAAGUAUAUCAUUAAUAGCUAUGUGAUUUCUGACUCUGGAGAUUUCGCAUACGGCGUUAAAUGUCAAAAGGGAUCAGCUGGCGCGGUGCUCAAAGUGACUCAACCCCUCUGGAAUAAACUUUCCUGCAGCUGAGAGCGGCUCUGUGUGUGUGUGUGUGUGUGUUUGACACAGAGAGAGAGACAGUUGGAUGUGCGCGCAUGAUGAGCUCGCGGCUUCUGCUGCUGGUGCUCGCGGCGCUCGCGGCGUGCCUGCGGUCUGGUCGCGCGCAGGGUGACCCUCUUCCUCCAUCUCUGGUGGAUUUAGUGAUGAACAGCCCGAUCUCAUCCGUAGAUGAUCUGAAGAGACUUCUAGACGUAGAAUCCGUAGAAGAGGACGAUGAGAUACCCGAGAGUGAGAUGCACUCUAACGGAACACACAAACGUCUUCCCAGAAGCCUUAAUGUUCAGGUGGCCCAGCAGGCCAUGUGCAAGGUGAGAACAGAAGUUAUGGAAGUGACCCGCGCGAUGCUGGACCGACGGAACGCCAACUUCCUGUUAUGGCCUCCGUGUGUGGAAGUGCAGCGCUGUUCAGGCUGCUGUAACACACGCACUGUACAAUGCAUGCCAGUCACCAUUGAAACACGACAAUUACAGAUGACGAAAAUCCAGUAUAUCAACCGACAACCAGUCUAUGAGAAGGUUGUCAUACCCGUGGAGGACCAUUUGACUUGUAGCUGUCAAUCACGCGUUUUGGCGCUCAGCCCACGGCUCCUGACCACACCUCUUCCUCCGCCCAGACUCCACCCUAAAGUAACGCUACCAAAGACCCAAUCAAAAGAGGAACUACAUCGCCAUGACGAACUUAAACAUAAUCAAAGGCUCCAUUUGGAGGAUAAAGAGAGUCAGGAACUACAAUGGCAGUCCAAAAACACCGUCACACACACACAGGGCUACCGACAAAGCCCAUACCGUCAUACACUCACACACACAGCAGUUCAUGUGAGCGGAGGAGAUGUUCCCACCAGACAAACCACAUUAGGAGAUCCACACAUGAUGAGUGACGCUACACAAACUGAGGAGGUGAAAUCUGAACACAGUGGCGACAGCAUGGCGAAAAAGACGCAACAGCAUUACGACAAACAUCUGCAAGAGGAUCAACAGGCAGAACCACGGCAACCACAGGAUAAAACGACACCACAGCAACCAAAAUACAAUGCUUCCCACAAUCCCGUCCAAUCAGGGCACAGCAUGCCACACAGUAGCCAAUUAGACACUUUUAGCACUUACAGCCACGUUGAGGUGAUCGGCCAAUCCAGUGGCUUAUCUGAAGUGCUAAGUCAUCACUCUGACCAAUCAGAAGUUAGAAAACAUCACCACCACCAAUCAGAAGCAAAUAAUCCAAAUAUCCAGGAAAGGGAGCAGCAGCCAGAAACACAACAUCAUCUUCGUCACCAAAACCACCGACACCAUCAGCUUCACCAACAUACAACGCAAGCAGUCAGCCAUCAACAGACUAGCACACAAAAAACAGUGCCGAGCGCUCCUCCCACCACCCCCUCAGCCCCACAGACUCCGCCCCCUCUCCAGCCCCCGCGGAAGCGACGGCGGAAACAUCGGAAGAGGAUGAGCAAGGCCUCCAUGAGAGCGAUGAUAAUGGUCAUGUCCUGAAGCAGACCAAAGACUCUGAAUUGCUGCCAAAGUCCCAGGAGCAACCACAAAGCUGAGAGUCAGGGUGGAGACACACAGGAUAUAGCAGAGACACACUGGAAAUCUUUUUAUAAUAACUGGAAAUGUCUUUGAUCUUUGCCAAAUAAGAUCCCAUGAACUACAUUUCCCAUCAGCCAUUGCAGUCGUAGGAGGUCACCAGUCCUGCGAUCUUCGCACUACGGGAGCUGGCCGUACUCAGGAUAUCCUGUAAGCAUGGACUUAAAAGGGAUUCCAAACAGACACAAACACAGCCUGCCAAGUAGCGAGACUGUAUUUAAAACACGGCACAAUUACACUUCAUUCAGCUCAACAACUGCCAAAUGCGGUGCAAUAUUGACUUGAACCACUGGUUGGCCAAGGAUCUGGCUCAAAUCAGUGAUUAGCUACUUGGGGAAAGUCAAAGUAGCCUUCAAUUGCCAAUAAAUGAUGUAGACCCACUGGUGGUUGGGUCUGAAGACAACUGGACUAUUUAUCCACUGGAGGAACUGCUGGAAUAGCAAAUGGAAGAAGUUGAAACUGGAAUAUAUGAAAUGACUUUGAAUUUGGACUCUCAAAGAGCGAAACAACUGGGGAAAUGAAGCUCAGGACUUCCAGAAAAGUAUAAAAUACAAAUAACUUUUACGAAUUCAUCUCAAAACGUAUAAUCUGUACAUUUUUCAAGCUACUUAAACACUCCAGGUUUAUUAAAUGGCAAAAUAUCAGCUGGCUAGAUAUGAAAUUGAGGAGUAAAAGCACUUACAAAGCAGUUUUUUGAACAUGUACCAUGGUAAUAUGAUGGUAUUCAUUGAAGUACUUUGGAGUACCAUGUAUAUACCAUGGUAUAUGAAUAUGGUAAUCAAUCUGAUACCAUGGUACCGCCUCAGUACUUUCUUGUAAGGAUCUCUCAGUAAUCGUGCACAAUAUUUAAUUAGUGCAAAACACUGGAAUAUCGUACACUGGAGAUUAUCAAAUAUUAAGUGCUGAAAGCACUAAAUGUUCGCAUGUUGGUAGUAGAUGCACGGUCAAAUAGUUCCUAAUUCAAUAUUUAUAUGAAAACAAGAAGAUUGUGUUUAGCCGUAAUGAGGUAACAGUGAAAUGCUCCUAUCCUGUAGGGGGCGGUAUGAGUGCUCUGUCAUUUUAUGCCUGCUGUUCCCAAAUGUUCGUCUGUGCAUUCAACUGCUUCUGGAAUCUUGUAAAGCUAUAAAAUAACUGUUUGUAAAUGAUGCAUUUCUCUUCUGGCUUUUUACGUAACUUAUUUAUAAAAGGUAUAAAAGAGUAAUUAAUUGUUAUUUGUUUUGAUGGAAAUUAUUGUUAAUGUAAUAAUGCUAUUUUAAUAUAAAUAUAAAAAGUGUUAAAUUUA